GUCUCGGGCGGGCUGAGCGCGGCGGGGCCCGCCUGCCGAGCGGGGAAACCGGAACCGGAGCGGGCGGUGCGGGCCGUGGCGGCGGAGGCCUGUCCCUCCCUCCGUCCGUCCCUCCGUCCGUCCCUCCGUCCCUCCCUCCCUCCUCCCAGGGCGGUCGCGGGCCGGCGGGGCCCGGCCGGGAGCGCGCGGGAUGGGCAGGUGCUGCUUCUACACGGUCGGGACCCUGUCCCUGCUCCUGCUGGUGACCAGCAUCGCGCUGCUGGUGGCCCGGGUCUUCCAGAAGGCCGUGGACCAGACCAUCGAGAAGAACAUUGUGUUACGGAAUGGUUCCGAGACCUUUGACUCCUGGAAGAAGCCCCCCCUGCCUGUGUAUGCCCAGUUCUAUUUCUUCAAUGUCACCAAUCCAGAGGAGAUCCUCCGAGGGGAGAUCCCUCGGUUAGAAGAAGUGGGGCCAUAUACCUACAGGGAACUUAGAGACAAAGCAGACAUUCAGUUUGGAGAUAAUGGAACAACCAUAUCAGCUGUUAGCAACAAGGCCUAUGUUUUUGAACGAAAUCAAUCUGUUGGAGACCCUAAAACUGACUUAAUUAGAACAUUAAAUAUUCCUGCAGUGACUGCCAUGGAAUGGGCCCAUCUUCACUUCUUUCGGGAGCUCAUCGAGGCGCUGUUGAAGGCCUAUCAGCAGACGCUCUUUGUGACACACACCGUGGAUGAAUUGCUCUGGGGCUACAAAGAUGAGAUCUUGUCCCUCAUCAACGUUUUCAAACCAGAGAUCUCUCCCUAUUUUGGCCUGUACUAUGGGAAAAAUGGGACUAAUGAUGGAGACUAUGUUUUUCUAACCGGAGAAGACAAUUACCUUAACUUUUCAAAGAUUGUGGAGUGGAAUGGAAAAACGUCGCUUGACUGGUGGACAACAGACAAAUGCAAUAUGAUUAAUGGAACAGAUGGAGAUUCUUUUCACCCGUUGAUAGACAAAGACGAAAUUCUUUAUGUCUUCCCAUCUGAAUUUUGCAGAUCAGUGUAUAUAACUUUCAGUGACUUCAAGAGUGUGCAGGGACUGCCUGCCUUUCGGUAUAAAGUGCCUGGAGAAGUAUUAGCCAAUACCUCAGACAAUGCCGGCUUCUGUGUGCCUAAGGGAAACUGCCUGGGCUCAGGAGUUUUGAAUAUCAGCAUCUGCAAGAAUGGUGCACCCAUUAUUAUAUCUUUCCCACACUUCUACGAAGCCGACAAGAAGUUUGUUUCUGCCAUAGACGGGAUGCGUCCAAAUAAGGACUACCAUGAGACCUUUGUGGACAUUAAUCCAUUGACAGGAAUUAUCCUAAGAGCCGCCAAGAGGUUCCAGAUCAAUGUUUAUGUCAAAAAGUUAGACGACUUCAUUGAAACAGGAAACAUUAGAACCAUGGUUUUCCCAGUGAUGUAUAUCAAUGAGAGUGUUCUCAUUGAUAAAGAUACUGCAAGUCGACUAAAGUCUGUGAUUAACACUACUUUGAUCAUCACCAACAUACCCUACAUUGUCAUGGCGCUGGGUGUGUUUUUUGGUUUGAUCUUCACUUGGCUUGCAUGCAGAGGACAGGGAUCCAUGGAUGAGUCUCAGGGAACUCCGGAUGAAAGAGCACCCCUCAUACGAACCUAACCUAACGGAGGCCCGAGCUUGGUGAAGGAGCCCUGUGACUGUCCUGACAGGGACCCAACAUGAGGAAACUAUCCACGUCUUCACAGGAAUGUUGCCUGUUGUAGUGAGGAGGGAGGAGACCCUGUGCUGGCAAAUGACCAGAGCAUUGUGGCAGGAGGUUAAAUAAUGGACUGACAUGGUUGCCUGUUAGGCUUUAUAAAAUUGUUUUGUUUUCCAUGUGUCUAGCAAGUAUUUAAUAAACUCUUGUAAUUUUUUUGUUAUCAGGUGCUGGUAGCUCCAGAAUUUUGUGACAACUGUUGUGGUUAAAAUGUAUCUGUAUCGCUUGUUAACGUUCCCUGGUCUAACCUUACUCAGUAAGCUUUAUUCACCAAACUUUGUGCUCAAAAUAUAUCAAUACUAUUUUAUGUUCAUUUCACCCCCAAAAGAGAAGUAAAUAAGAGUUCGGAACCCAGGGUAAAAUGGUAGCCUCAUUCAAUACAUCAUUAAAAUGCAUCUUAUUUCCUCUUUAAAAAACGUGAUUUAUUGUAUUUCAUGCUAAUCUUCAGUUCAGAAUUCCUCCAGGAAAAUAAUUCAAUCUUUUGACUACUUUCACACUGGCUGCAAACCAAGCAGGGAAAGGGUAGGGUGAGGGGAGGUUAUGCAGUGGAGCAGUACCCUGGAGUUGAGAGUGAUAAACCCCUGAGGCUUUUGUAUUUGUACUUUUGUGAAUUUAGAGAAUGCAAAAAUAAUGUUGGUGAGGACAUUCUUCUCAUAAAGAGUAGAAGUAAAUGCUGGUUGUGAAUUUGUGGGUAGCCUGGAUUUUCUUUUUCUUUUUUUUUUUUCUUUUUUAGUUUAAUGAUCCUAAUGUGGAAAGGUGCUUCUGGGAGGUGCUUCUGGCAGGUGUCUAAUAUUUUCCCCCAGUCACCCUUGCCAAAUAUGAUACUCUAUUAAGUACAAUAUUAUUGAGUGAUUCUUUGUGCAGUUAUUUAUGAGUAUGGGAGAUCUCUCCAUAUCUAGCUCAGUGUUUUUCCUUCCUCAGAUCUGGUGCCUUCCAGUUCUAUGGCUCACUGUCACUCACUGAAUAGAGAAACACGUGCCUUGCACUUCCUGCAAUAGUCAUCUUGCUGACAGAAUGAAAGAUGGUGUUUUAAAAUAUUGCACAGGAAAUGCUUUAAAGAAAGGUCCCUGGGCACCCAGGAGCAGAACUCUCUCUCUCCUCAGAAGACCUCGUGGUUUGCAGUGCCACCUAAAUCAAAGGGUUAGGAACCAUCAUAUGUUACAAGUUCAAGCAUAUUUAAGGGAAUUUUCUUCCUCCUCAAAGCUCACUAUUCAUUUUUGAUUGAGAAACUUAUACAGUUAUCCAGCAAAGUGCACAUAGAAUUUCUUAACAACUGAAUCAUUUUAUAGGAUUUUCUGUCUAAAACUGGAUUUCAGUGUAAGCAAGUGAAAAAAAGCAAGCCAUGGAUUUCACAAAUAUAGCUUCUGAUUCCUCUAUGGAGGCAAUAAAUCCCAUUGCCCUAAUUUCUUUCUCUCUACACUAAAGCAGGAUGUGACAUGUUCCCUUCCUGAAGGGGCAAUUCAUUGACUCCCAACUUCUCUAUAAAUUAAGAGAACUUAUAGAUAUCCCAAAUCACCAAAAUGUGAAAAACUAAAUCGAGAAUAUCUUCAAUAACACCAAAUAUCUAGAUUCUUUAAAUUUCUCAAUAUUAAACUAUAUAAUUGGCACACCUUCUUCUUUUGUGCAUCCACUUACCCACACCAAUAAAACUGGUAAACCAGUGCGUAUUCAUUGUUUCACCCUAUUAUCAGAGUAUAGUCAUCUGUGAGGAGGAAAUUUUUAAAUACUAUGAAUGAUAACAGUUGAUUUACACUUUAGAUUGAAUUCCACACAGGCAAGGGAGACCAAAAAUAUAUUACCGCCAUGUGAUUCUUAAUAGUUAUUUGGCUUGGAAUCCCCUUUGAUAUUCUUUCUGAAAAAUCUGUGGCAAGCCCAAAAGCUGCAGUCAAGAUUAUAGAUUGGUUAAGAAGAAUGAAUGUGCCUAUUGGCUUUAGGUUGAAAAUAACAAACUAUUCCUCAUGCAUUAUCCUGGAAAGGCCCCCAAAGUCUUUGUGAUUCUCAUAAUCACAGAAUAUGUGUGUCCUGUACUAUGAUACUCCACUUAGGGAAAAACCAGAGGGAGGCUUACCUUGCUUCUCUCAGAGAAAAUUGAGAGUUAAGCACAGGACAGCAAAUGGGCUUUGCCACUUUUAGCUCAAGGCUUUUCCUCCUGGACUUUAUUUCCUCAUGCUCUAGAAAGAUUGCUAAUGGUCAAGUGGAACAAGUACUAUAUGACUAACCCCUAUUGGGGUUUUUACUUAAGGUAGGCUUUUUUUUUUUUUUUUUUAAAGAUUUUAUUUAUUUACUCAUGAGAGACACAGAGAAAGAGAGGCAGAGACACAGGCAGAGGGAGAAGCAGGCUCCAUGCAGGGAGCCACAUGCCGGACUCCAUCCCGGGUCUCCAGGAUCACACCCUGGGCUGAAGGCGGCGCUAAACCGCUGAGCCACCUGGGCUGCCCCAGUAGGGUCUUUUUUUAAUUUAAAUUGCUUGAGAUUUGAGUUCUGCAGAAGGUGACCUUCACACUUGGCCCUCUGGGCAUUAUUAGUGGACUUAAUUGCUCAUGGCUAUUAAACAGAAUAUUGAGCAGAAUGUUCUUACUGUAGCUUAAAUAGUUGGUUCAUUUCAUGUGAUUCUUGACGUGUUUACUUCUAUCCUUAAUGCAAUGGAGUAUUUCGCUAAUAAAACUAUUUAUAUGAAAUUG